CCAAGUGGUGAAAGAAACACAAUAAGUAUACCGUAAUACAUGCAGUAAUUAUAACAGAAAAUAACAGGACAGAGUGGAGACCAAACCAUACCAGUACAUGAAUUUACAAAUGCACUUAAUUUGCCUGUUCAAAGAUUUUCAAAUUUGGUCAUAAAGGAAAAGCCAACUCUAAAAGAGCAGAAGCUGUGAUCCUGGUAUCAAACAAAGUAGGACAGGCUAAAGAGCAUCCGAGGUGAAGAAGGACGAUUUAUGGCCAAAGCUUCAACUCCAUUGUGCAUGGCAGUGGAUCUGAAGCACUGUAGUUUGUAAAUCUGAAGUCAGAAGAAAGGCUAGAAGUGACGUGGGGAAGCGUAAGGACAAAGAAACUGCAAGAAUAAAGUAGACCUCAUGACAGCCACUAAAAUCCAUGAGGGCAAACUGGAACCUACCUCCAACAUCGAUAAUGCAAAAAACAAAACAAAACAAACGCCAUAAUGAGAUCUCUCCAGUAGCAUGGCUAUUCUUUUUAAAAAAGCAAAAAUGAAAACGAAAAACCAGAAUAUAACAGAUAUUGAAAAGGAUGUGGUCCUCGGUUUUCUGCCCAAGCCCGCAGGAGCCUGUUCACGUUGAUUGACCAGAAUCUGGGAAUUUAACACUCCGAGCCCAUCCGGAUGGCCCCGACCCCCAGCUUUCUGUCCUUUGAAAACACGAAGAAUAAUGUCCCUGCAUCAAUUUUUGCUAGAGCCAAUCACCUGUCAUGCCUGGAACAGGGAUCGUAUCCAUUGCCCUUAGCCCCAAUAACCACGAAAUCCACAUCUAUGAGAAGAACGGGAGGCAGUGGGUGAAAACUCAUGAACUCAAGGAGCACAACAGACACAUCACAGGUAUCGACUGGGCUCCCAAGAGUGACCGCGUCGUCACUUGCGGGGUUGACCGCAAUGCCUACGUCUGGGGUCAGGAGGAUGGUGUCUGGAAGCCGACCCUGGUGAUUCUGAGAAUUAACUGUGCGGCCACUUUUGUCAAGUGGUCCCCCCUAGAGAACAAAUUUGCUGUGGGCAGCGGAGCACGACUCAUUUCUGUUUGUUACUCUGAGUCUGAAAAUGACCGGUGGGUAAGCAAGCACGUUAAAAAACCCAUUCGCUCCACGGUCCUCAGCUUGGAUUAUCCCAACAACGUCUUGCUGGCAGCAGGAUCCUGUGAUUUCAAAUGCAGAGUGUUUUCUGCUUACAUUCAAGAAGUGGAUGAGAAGCCAGCCAGUACGCCCUGGGGCAGCAAGAUGCCUUUUGGUCAUCUGAUGUCAGAGUUUGGUGGCAGUGGCCCUGGCGGCUGGGUGCGCAAGGUCAGCUUCUCCGCCAGCGGGAGCCGCCUGGCCUGGGUCAGCCACGACGGCACCGUGUCCGUUGCCGAUGCCUCAAAAAGCAUGCAGAUCUCAACUCUGAAGACAGAGUUCCUGCCCCUCCUGAGUGUGUCCUUCAUCUCGGAGGACAGCGUCCUGGCUGCUGGCCAUGACUGCUGCCCCAUGCUCUUUAGCUGCGCCGACCGCGGCUGCUUGACCUUUGUCUCCAAGCUAGACAUCCCGAAACAGAGCAUCCACCGCAACGUGUCAGCCACGGAGCGCUUCUGCAACAUGGACAAGCGGGCCACGACCGAGGACUGCAACCCGGCCCUGGAGAUGCUGCACCAGGACAGUAUCACUCAAAUGUCUAUUUAUGAGGCAGACAGGCAAGAUUGUCGCAAAUAUUGCACUACUGGCAUCGAUGGAGCCAUGACCUUUUGGGAUUUCAAGACCUUAGAGUCUUCUAUCCAGGGCGAGCCUCCCAGAUCCAGCAUGAGGACGGACAGGCUGCGCCAGGCAGCUCCGCCAUUCGCAUCAUGGGGAGGAGAGCCAGCCGCCAGGAAACACUGAAGACACAUAUGGCGCAAACCUUGUUCUGUGUUUUGUUUGAGAAUAAUUGGUGAAAGUAUCGGUUUUUUAAAAGCAGCAGUGAUUUGGGUUUUAUUUUUUGUUUUUUUUUUGUUUUGCUAUUUCAUUCCAUUCUUGACCAAAGCUUCUCUUUAAGUAGUAUAUUAUGGAAAAUUGUCACACUAGCUUAAAGGAAGGGGUGGGGGAAGUAUGUAAAUUGUCUGCUAAAAAAUUAAAUGAAAAUACUGAAUGUGAAAAAAAAAAGAGGAAAAGGAUGUGGAGCAAUUGGAACCCUUGUGUGUUGCUGGUGGGAAGGCAAAAUGGUACAGCUGCUGUGGAAAACACUUUGGCUGUCCCUUAAAAACUUGAACCUAGAAUUACCAUAUGAUUCAGCAAUGCCACUUCUGGGUACAUACCUAAAAGAAGUGAGAGCAAGGACUUGAACAUGUGCUCCCAUGUUCAUGGCACCGUUAUUCACAAGAGCCAAAACAUGCAAGCAGCCCGGUGUCCAUCAACAAAUGAAUGGAUCAGUGAAAUGUGACAUACAAUGGAAUAUUAUUCAACUUUAAAAAGAAAGAAAAUUUAAAAAACAAACAUGGUUCUGAUGCACCUAGGGGCAGGA